AUGUCACCGUCUCACUUUCGCCCUCUCCUCCGUCCGAGGACCUUUACGGGCGCCAAUGGCGCCUUCUCGGCCUUCAAACAACCGUCGUCAUUCCACGCUUUUCGACGAACGUACACCACAAAACGGACCCCAUUGUCGACUACUAAGACGGUUGUAAAGUCUACAAUUGCCAUAACUACAUUGGCUUUGUUUGGUUACUAUUCUACGGACUCUAGGGCAGCGAUUCAUCGGUAUCUUGUUGUUCCGGCGCUAAGGGUUAUUGCACCGGAUGCCGAAGAUGCACAUGCCUUUGGGCUUAAGGCUUUGCGGGUGCUCUGGGAUUUUGGUCUCCAUCCUCGAGAUAGAUUAGGAAUUAGGGAAGAGGACGAGAAAGAACCAUUCCUUGAAACUUACGUCUGGAAUAAACGUAUCAUAAAUCCAAUCUAUAUCUCCGCCGGUCUCGACAAAAAUGCCGAAGCUGUAGACGCUUUGUUUGCCCUCGGUCCUUCCAUCAUUGAAGUCGGUUGUGUAACACCCGAGCCUCAAACCGGCAACCCACGCCCACGUGUUUUCCGCCUCGUGGCUGAUAAAGCCCUUAUCAACCGUUAUGGCUUCAAUUCCCUAGGUUCUGACUACGUAGCUAGAAAGCUACGUGAAAGAGUACUUAGGUAUGCGGCGGAUAAUGGAAUGACGGAACAGGAUGUGCUUGAUAACUUGCCGGCAAGUUUAUAUCCCGGGAAGUUAUUAGCUGUGCAGAUUGGGAAGAAUAAAUCAGUAAGCGAGGAUGAUAUCGAGGGUGUGAAGGAGGCAUAUAUAUCUGGUGUCAAGUCAUUGGGAUUGUACGCCGAUGUUUUGGUUGUUAAUGUGUCAAGUCCAAAUACUCCAGGCUUGAGAAAAUUGCAGUCUGGGAAUACUCUUACGGAAUUACUCUCUGCAGUUGUGGCAGAAGCAAAGAAACUGGAAAAGAAGGAAAAGCCAAGAGUCAUUGUCAAGAUUUCUCCGGAUGAGAGCUCUAAGCAACAGAUUGAGGAUAUCACAUCUGCUAUCAAGAGAUCUGGUGUUGAUGGUGUAGUUGUGGCUAAUACAACUUUGAGAAGACCGGAUACAUUGGUUUCUCCACCUCAUUUGGUACACGAAGCUGGUGGACUAUCCGGGCCGGAGUUAUUUGAUACCAUGAGAGAUUUGGUGAGAGAGUAUAGGAGACGUCUUCCUAGAGAUAAAGAGAUCUGGGCUAGCGGCGGUGUUUCUACUGGACAAGAUGCUCUAGAUGUUCUGAAGGAAGGUGCUGGUGUUGUAGGUGUAUAUACUGCCAUGAUCUAUGGUGGAGUUGGUACUAUUGGAAGGAUGAAGGAGGAGAUUCGGGAUAUCGUACGGACCACAAUUGCUAAAAAAACUGGUGAUAAAUAG